CCGCCGCCGCCGCCCACAUCCCCCGCCCCGGCCCUGACCAUCUCCUGUACGCCUUAUGCGCCGUCCGCGUCUCAGCCUCACGCCCGCCCAGUUCGCCGGCGGCCCCUCUCCCUCGCUGCACGCGAGCAGGCUGCCGACCCCGGAUCCAGUGUCGUCCGGGUUUCCUCAUCGACGGUGAGAUCGGCUUGGUCUUCCUCGCGGUGGAGGCGUGGCGGCAGCAACGCCGGCCACGCCUUGGGUCGUGAGCGGCUCGAUAUCAAUCUCACCAAAUACUGGUGCUUUGGAUCAACGACUAAUCUCCCGAGGUUGAUUUGCAAGGCUUGUGUGGACUGAACCUGUUCCUUUAAACCAAGGGGUCCUUCUGGCCCUUUUCCUGCAACUGGCAUGCGACAUAGCAAAUGAGACAUCCUUGCAGCUUCAAUGGAUACAAAGGCAUACCAAUUCCAGAAGAUGUGCACAAGGAAGUUAAUGUAACAAGCAUCUUGAAACUAACUUGUGGUGGCACUUGCUACAAAGGUAUCAAACAUAUCCCGUCAAAAAAAAAAGCAGUGUAUACAAGAAAGGAAGAUGUUUGAUCAUAUUAUCUGCUACAGAUCUGCAUCUGUAGAUUAAGUCAAUGUUCUGGAGCACUUGAUUAUGUGAGGUACCGUGGUCUUUUCGGGGUCUUUGAAUCUUGGAGAAAUGCCAUGUUGACCAUUGCGAGCUCUAUGCUCAUCUGCGCCCAGGUGCAGCUAUAGCAUGGUGAAGUAACACUACAUGUAGAGAAGAAAGAAAGGAAGAAUGAUGGUAAGAACCACUGAGAUACCGAGUCCGGCCAGCCAGAAGAGUGUCAGGAGAGUGUUUCUUCAUUGGAAGAGGACAAUAUCGGCCGGUUCAUUGAGCAGAGUGUUGGGAAGCUCACGAAAACACCCUUUCCAAACAGAAUUUCUUUUUCAUCAUUGUGAAGGUUGAUUUUACCUAUUUCACUUAGAUGGUGACCUCCCUGCACUCCCAUUUUUUGCUUAGGAUUCUCUUUUAAAUGGUGAGCGCUCAGAUUCUGAACAUUGGCUCGUUAGUACUGUUUUAUUAUUUUAAGAAAUUUAAGAAAAUAUGACCAAUGUGAUUUUGUUCUCUAAAGACUGGAAUUGAAUAGUAGGUCCUUUUGGUACUGUCCUAUUACGAUGUGUGGCUAAGAAAUGCAUCAGUUCGACUAGGCAUUAUCAUGUAUUGUACCGUAGUAUCAUUUUUGCAUAGACUAAAUACCUACUUUUGCUGAAGGUUACUUUUCUUUAUAAAAUUUGGUUCAGGAUGCCGUUUUGCCUGUUGUAGUACUUUCAGCAUAGAUGCAGUAGUGCUCUGCUCCCCCAAAGAUCUGUAGCUCGUGGAUGCGGUGGAUGUGGCACAUGGAGCAGAUGAAAUGGGAAUAAGAGGAUCCCCUGCACGUGCACAAAUUCUUGCUACCUGAUGGCUGACGGCGAGGAUACCUCUGACCUGUCUCGAGAAGGUUCGAGCCGCAGGACGAUGUGUACAGCGCACCACCAAUUCCUCCAACAGCACAGCUGUUGUACUGGUAGCAGCGACAACAACUCUCCACACAAGCGUCGCUAGCUGCUCCCGUCGAUGCACCUGAUGCCGUGUUCUGCCGGAGCCAAGGUCCAGCGCAUUUUAGUUUUGUGGGAUAGACAUGUUAGUUCAAAUGCCCAACGGGUUUGAUGCUGAAUUGUUCGUAUAAUCUUGCACCUAUUUUUGUAGUCAAAUAAUGAUUUUUAGAUGCAUUAGUUAAGAACACUGAUUUUUUUGGAAAGCUUUAUCAUGACAUCGAUCUUAAGGCCUCCUUUGGUUUGGAGGAUUUUUGUAGGAAUUUCAUAGGAUAGGAUUUUUGUAGGAAAAAUUCCUUUAGAGCCCUUUGGUUUGUAGGAAUGGAAUCAUAUUCCUAUGGAGGAAUUCUUCCUAUCCUUCACAAUUCAUAGGAAAAUAAACAUUAGCCUAGACUCAAUGCAAAAAAUCCUAUGAAGUGAAUCAAAGGACAUCUUCUUUCCUAUUCCUACUCAGGCCUUCUUUGGAUUGGAGGAUUUUCACAGGAUUUUCAUGGGAUAUCAAUCCUCAGGAUUGUUUCCUAUGAAACGCAUUUGGAUCAAAGGAUUGGGCCAUUAAAAUUCCUCAGGAUUGGGUCUCCAAGGUGCUGAUUCCAAAGGAAUUUACACAUGAGGUCUGACCUCUGGAAAAAAUCCACAGGAUUGGCUAUGUCAUGGCAAUCAAAUCCUCCAUUUUUCCUAUUCCUUUGUUUUGCAAAUCCUGUGAUCCAAAGAAGCCCUCAUAGGAUUUGAGAUGCAUGUCAUCCCAUUUCCUAUGACUUUUCUAUUCCUAUGAUUUCCCAACCCUAUGAACCAAAUGAGGCUAGUUUUGCUUUACUGCCAUGCAGAGGUUGGAUGGAGCGUCAAGGUGCUUGAUUCUUUUGGUCUUAUAGUGACUGCCGAGAUAUUCGUGUGUAAUGAUGAAGCACGUGGGGGUGUAGAUGAGGAUGAAAUGAGCCAGGGAGAAAUAUUGCUGGUAAAAAAAAGCCUCCCAGGCUGUCCUCGCCAAAAUUUACUCCUCCGUCAUCCCAUUUGGUUAAACAUUCCUUUAUUGACCCCUGGCUGCGUCAACUGGUGGACGCCGCCGGCUGCCCAAUGACCAUCAACACAUAUGAGCUUGCUUUAACCGGAGAUACUAGUGGAUCAAAGGCUCCGUCGGCUCAAAUAAACCAUCAUCAAGGUGGUACUGAUAUUCCUCAAGUUGCUGCUGAGAAUAUGAAACAACAAACUCUUUUUGACAAACUACCGGAUGACAUCUUACAUCGUAUACAUUCUCUCUUACCAAUACAAGACGCUGCUUGUGCUGCCUGUGUGUCUCAUGCAUUUCUGCGUUCAUGGAGAUGCUAUUCCAAACUCAUACUCAACGACUGUGCGCUUGGGUUGAAUCACAUAGAAUUUGAGGAAAGAAAAAUCUAUCUCAUUGACAAAGUUGACAAAAUUCUUAAAAACCAUCAUGACAAAGGGGUGAAGGUGGAGACACUUAGCCUUAUUCUUACCCCUUGCACCAAUAUCAAAGCCUCCUACCUGGACAGGUGGCUCCGAAGAACCGUUAAGUCUGGGUUUAAAGAUCUUUACUUGGAGAUGCCUUUAUCCAUGAAGAAAAUUUACAAAUUCCCGUGUUCAGUUUUGUCUGAUGAGGGAGCUGCAAGUUCAAUUCAGUUUCUUAACAUCGGCUCUUGCACUUUUCAUCCCACAUCAACACUUGGCUCCUUGGCAAGGUUGAAAACUGUAAGAUUGUCUUUUGUCCACACUACCGAGGAAGGAUUGGAGCACUUGUUUUCAAAAUCUUCUACCUUAGAGGAGCUCAGAAUAUUCGCAUGCCAUGGGAUAAUUUGCUUGAAAAUACCUUGUACGAUGCGACAUCUCAAGAUACUUGAUGUUCAACUUUGCAGCAUGCUGCGGGUUGUAGAGAUUGAUGCUCCAAACCUCUGCUAUUUUAACUAUGACAGCGCUUUGCCAGAAUUCUACGUGAGAAAUUGUUCUCAACUUAAGCAUGUACAGUUAUCAUCUGCACGCACGUCUGGUGUUCUUUUUUAUGCUCGCACUAUUCUUCCGUCCAUCGCACGGAAUGUUGAGAGUCUUAUUUUGGUUGGUCGUAGCGAGAAUGCCAACACUCCGUUGCUACAAUCCAAGCUACCCCACCUCAAGAACUUGGAAAUUAGACUCAGAGCAGUCCACCCCAAAGGCUCCCCUCCAAGCUAUGACUUCUUUUCUUUGGUUUCUUUUCUUGAUGCUUCUCCUGCCUUGGAGUCUUUCACCCUACACGUAAAUGAGUAUGUCAUGAAACACUAUCCUGUUGUUGGAGAUAAUUCCGAAUGCCCGAGGCAGAAGCUGGACUUGUCGCAUAACCGCCUCAGACACAUGACGAUCACGGGAUUCUGUUCAGCCAAGAGCCUGGUUGAGCUCACGGUUCACAUCCUUGAGAGCACACACUCGCUUGAGCGCUUGACGCUGGACACAACCUAUGACUACAAUAGGUGUAUUCAAGGGCCUGGUACCAUUGGCAAAUGCACUACCUCAAGUAGGAUUGCCAAAUGCUGGCCGAUGAGCAAGAGAGGUGUUGACGAAGCUCAUAGAGCUGUGAAGACUGUUGGUAGAUACAUAGCUGGGAGAGUUCCAUUGGCUGUUCAAUUUGAGCUCAUGGGGCCCUGUAGUCGAUGCCAUACCGGCAGCCGGUAGAUCUAUGUCAGGGUGGUUUAUCUUGUCUAAGAGCAUCUCUAAUAGAUGGUCCAAAAUUCGGCGGUCCAAAACCGGAGAUGUAAAAUUUGGACCGCCAAAAAAUGCGUUUUGGAGCUCCGAAAAAAGCUCAACUCCAACAAAUGGUCCAAAUUGAUGGUUCAAAAGAG